GAUGUUGGGGGUGGCUGGGUCAUCCUGCGCCUCCCCCCUUUGCCUGGCUCCUUACUAGGCAUUUGAGCAGUGCUGUCUGGUGCUAUGGCCUUUGCUGUCACCUUCCCCCCCUUGGGAAAAAAAGGGAAACAAAACAAAAACAAAACAAACGUCUGACCUCCCGAUUUCAGGAGGUCAGAUGAAAACAGAUCAGGGCCUCAACGAAAGCAGGGAUACAAAACAGAACAAGGAGAACAGAAGCCAAUAGGAGAAUAGACUGUCUGCAACAACAAGACACACAUGGAGUCCUGCCAAAUAAAUCUUGUAAAGCUGGCAUGACUCAGUAGAGCAGAUUGUAUGGGAAAUGUCACGGAGAAGUCCACUUCUACAAGCAAAAUCCUGUUUAUGUCAUGAUGUUCUGCCUCAAAUGAGUAAGCCCUUGUCAACAGCUUCAAAAGUAGCAAUUGUCAUCGUCCCUGUUGUGAUGUUGGUAAUAGCACUUGUGACCGUGCUAGUGGUCUUCUUUCUCCCUAACAGCACCAAGGCUGUUUCUCAGGAUGGCUACUUAAUUGGUGUUGGCCGGGGAGAUUGCACUGGCCCCGUGGCUGAAGUACCUUUUAUGGGCUAUGCCAGUAUGGACCAGAGUGGUGCUGGUAUGAUCUCCCGACAAUACUGUAGAGCGUUCAUCUUUGCAGACCCCAAUAAUUCAACCCAGCGUGUGGUGUUUGUUACUGCUGAAAUUGGAAUGAUAUCUCAAAGAGUUAGGCUAGCGGUCAUGCAACAGUUGAAAAACAGAUAUGGAGAUCUUUACGGACCAGAUAAUGUUGUACUAAGUGGAACUCAUACCCAUUCAGGACCUGGAGGCUACUUUCAAUAUACAAUUUAUAUGAUAUCAAGCAGGGGGUUUAUAAAGCCAUCCUUUAACGCCAUUGUCAAUGGGAUCCUAGAGAGUAUAGCAACAGCUCAUGAAAAUAUGGUUAAAGGGCGAGUUUUUAUCAAUAAAGGCUUGGUUGAGAACACUCAAAUCAACAGGAGUCCUCUUUCUUAUCUUAAUAAUCCAGAAUCUGAAAGACUCAGGUAUACAUCAAACACAGAUAAAGAAAUGGUGCUGCUGAAAAUGGUUGCUGACAAUGGUCAAGAGAUAGGGAUGUUGAGCUGGUUUGCCAUUCAUCCCGUCAGCAUGAACAAUACCAAUCUUCAUACAAAUAGUGACAACAUUGGUUAUGCUGCUUAUCUCUUUGAAGAAGAAAAGAAUAAGGGAUAUUUGACAGGAAAGGGGCCGUAUGUUGCUGGUUUUGCAUCAUCUAAUUUAGGAGACGUGUCUCCCAACAUACAAGGUCCACACUGCAUAAACACAGGGGAUUCAUGUGAAAACCUCAACAACUACUGUCCAAUAGGAGGGACCAAGAUGUGUAUCGCUAAAGGUCCCGGCAAAGACAUGCUGGAGAGCACCCAAAUAAUUGGGAGAAACAUCUACUUAAAAGCAAAGGAACUAUACAGCACAGCCUUUGAAGAGAUAAAUGGUCCCAUUCAUUCAGCUCACCAGUGGGUGGACAUGAGCAACAUUACUGUUCAGCUCAAUGCUACUCAUACGGGUAAAACAUGCAAACCAGCCUUGGGAUACAGCUUUGCUGCAGGCACCAUGGAUGGGCCGGGAAUGUUCAAUUUCACUCAAGGCAUGAUAGAAGGGAAUUCAUUCUGGGAUGCUGUUCGUGAUGCAGUCCUGACUCGUCCAUCCAAAGAAACAGAAGAAUGUCACAAACCUAAGCCUAUCCUCAUUCCUACAGGAGAACUUUCGAAACCUUACCCAUGGCAUCCAAAUAUAAUUGAUAUCCAAAUAAUUACUGUUGGAUCUCUGGCAAUACUGGCUCUUCCAGGAGAGUUUUCAACAAUGUCUGGACGAAGAUUACGUGAAGCAAUAAAAAAUGAAUUUGAAAGUCACGGGAAAACUGAAAUGAAUGUUGUACUGUCAGGCCUGUGCAACAUUUACACCCAUUAUAUUGCUACUUAUGAAGAAUAUCAGAUCCAACGAUAUGAAGGUGCAUCUACCCUUUUUGGACCACACACUCUUUCCGCCUAUAUCCAGUUAUACAGAGGUCUAGCCAAGGCUAUUGCUGAGGGCACAGCACGGGACUUACCGAAUCUCCCAGAGCCACCUAUUUUGAAUGUUACAGAUCUGACCUUUCUGCCUAUCAUCCGUGAUGCAAAGCCACUUGAUCGUAACUAUGGAGAUGUGCUGCAAGAUGUGCAGCCCAAAUACCGCAUGGGAGAGGUUGCUGAAGUGCGUUUUGUUGGUGCAAAUCCAAGGAAUUCUGCAACAAAUAUGACCAACUUUACUUUCCUUACAGUAGAAAAAUAUGACAAUACUUCUAAUCAUUGGAAAGUGAUGUACAAUGAUGCCUCCUGGGACACUAGGUUCACAUGGCAAAAAGACAUAUGGGGGCGCAGCACAUCUAUCGUUCAGUGGCACAUCUCAAACAACACUGAACCAGGAACCUACAGAAUACAGUAUUUUGGCCACAGCAAGGAAUUACUGAGGCCGAUCCGCUCAUUCAGUGGCUCUUCUUUGCAAUUUGAAGUUUCAGGUUGAAAUGUGAAGUUGUAAGAUUUGUAGUUUGUUUCAUUUUUAAUUUUUAUUUUGAAUGAAAGGGAGAUAAUCAUGCAGUACAUCUGCCUUGGCAACAGUCCACAGCAUGUCUUACUGUAUCUUUAAAAAGUGCAGCCAUAGAGAGAUCCAGCAGAAAUCACGCUCCAUGGCUGUAUUUCUAGUGUGAUGGUGCUCUCAGUCUUCACAUUUUGCUGCCCUGUUCACUGCUGUGCAGGAGACAAGUGUAAUGUCCAUUGGCUGCUUGCACAUGGACGUGCAUUUAAGAACAGCUGACCUCCAUCCCUUCACAAGUACAGAUUGAGUAUCCUUUGUCCAAUCAGAAGAGUUUGGGGUUUGGAUUUUUUUUAUUUUUGAAUACCUGUAUUUGAAUAUACAGUAUGUGCAUAAUGAGAUAUUUUGGAGAUAGGACCCAAGUCAUGAAAUUUAUUUAUGUUUUAUGUACACUUUAUCUACAUAGCUGGAAGGUAUUUUUAAUAAUUGUGUAUGAAACAAGUUUGUGUACAUUGAACUAUCAGAAAUCAAAAGCGUUAGCAUCUCAGCCUCAUAUAUAGAUGCUUUUGGAAUAUUCUGGAUAAGGGAAGCUCAACCUUUACAAGUCUUUGAGUGUUAAAAAUGAAGUUUCUGCUCUCUUGCUCCACCAAAUGACUCAUUGCAGUUAUCUUUAACAGCACAAGCCUAAACUUGUCUAUUCUGAAGGAUUUUCAGUGUGUCCAAUGACACUUGUCCCCUACUAAUUUUAGCCCAUGCCAGACUGCAAUUUCUGGGCAUUGAACCAUUUGCACAGUAGUAGUAGUAGUAGUAGUAGUAGUAGUAGUAGUAGUAGUAAUAGUAACAACAACAACAAUUUUAUUUAUAACCUGCCCUCUCUCCCCGAAGGGAUGGUAGUUUCAUUCAGUGUUAUGAUGAGAACUUCUAAUGUACUACUUACCAGGUUGAAGCUGGUAUGCAGUAUAGCAGUUAUGAUUUGCAACCUAAACUUAUGUUCAAUAAGAUUAUGUAGUCUUACUGGACACUUACAUAAAUGCCAUCCCAAUCUACUAAGAGCCAGCUGCCAAAUUGGGUGGAGGCACAUUCAAUAUUUUGCUGGGUCACAAGAAAUACAAUGUUUCUACCCCAUUCCCAAUAAUGAGCAAACCUAUGACAAGAGCAGAACUCUACAUAAGUCCUUGUUGCAGCCUUGCACACUGGUGGAAACGGUGUCUUUCUUCUGCCCAGAUGAUCAGCUGAACCAACUUUCUUCACACUAUCUAUUAGCUGGGUCUUCUGGUGGGCAGAGAUGAGUGGGCAUACAUAAGUAAGUAGACAACUUUUGAAGAAUGGCAGCUACAGGUAAACAAAGAUCUGUACUGCCGAAGUUAAAACAAUCUCUGGAACCUGGAAAGUAGGGCUAAGACAGACAAGGUUCGCCAUAAGGGUCCACUCACAUUCUCUUAAAACCGAAGUAUAUAUUUGCAGUGAUACCUGAGCCAUUUUAGCUGUCCCACAUUUCAUCCCUAUACCAUAUAGCAAGCUUCUGGGGAAGCAAUAUAAAGAGAAAACAAUAAACUGUAUCCUUGAGUCAGCAUUAGGAUUUCACUACUUAGUUCUAGAAACUCUUCAGUGAACCAGGAUUGUAUUAUGUGAAGUCUGGGAAUCUAUAAAGAAAGAAUCUUCUCCUCAACUAGGACAAGAACUUAAGUGUUGGCCAAGACCUACAGAAAAUAAUUCAGAUUGUUACUCAGUAAUUCAAUGUAAUUAAAAAUGAAUAAAAUAUGUAUGUUUCAA